AUGCAAACGCAACCAAUUUCCACUCUGGCCUUCAUGCUCGUCCUACUAUUUUUGUCUCCACCACGCGCCGCCGGAGCAAGGCCAUCGCCAGAUCCACUUCGUUCAUCGUGCGCGCAGGCCAGGUACCCCGCUCUCUGCGUCCAAACGCUCUCCAACUUCUCGAACCCCGCGGCCAAGCCUCUCGACCUGGCCCAGGCCGCCGUCAAGGCUAGCCUGGCCCGCACGCGCGCCCUCUCCGCCUACCUCAGGACACUGAAGGCCUCGUCGCAGGGUUUCGAUCCGAGGCAACAAGUCGCGGUGAGUGACUGCGUGCAGCAGAUAGCCGAUUCGGUGAGUGAGUUGAGCAAGACGCUGAACGAGUUGCAGCACCUCCGCGACGGAGCCUUCCAGUGGCAGAUGAGCAACGCCCAGACCUGGACCAGCGCCGCCAUCACCAACGGUGACACAUGCAUUUCCGGCUUCAACACCGCCGGGAAAAUCAAGUUGGAUCUCAAGCGAAGAGUCGCCGACGUCUCCAUGCUCACCAGCAACGCCCUUUACCUCAUCAAUCGCCUCGCUGAUAGCGUUACCGGGAAGCCUCGCGCCAAGUCCGGAAACUGA